ACCAGUUUGGACUGUACUCUCUACUGCAACUCUCCAUCUGUUCCCCACCAGAUUUGCCCAUUGGCUGAUGAAAAAACAAACAAACCAAAAAAACAAAAACAAAUCAAGAAGCUUUUAUUUUGUGGAAUUUUGCCAGUGAUUGAGCUCAUCCAUGAACUGGGACACGGUGAAAGAACUCGUAGUAUAGUCGACGUCUUGCAACUCCUAUCUUUGACAUGUGUGCAUAGCCACAAUCAGCCAUUUGGCAACAGCUUGCACCGUAGGUGAAUUUUUCCCGCCUUCUUUUUUUUUUGUUCUCUUAAUUUUUUUGGGGUGCACAUUUUUUUUUUUUUUUUUUUUUUUACAUCAGCAAUGGCUGACAGUAAUGCAGAAUGCAAUAUCAAGGUGUUGUGUCGUUUUCGUCCACUUAACCGUUCGGAAACACUCCGUGGAGAUAAGUUUGUACCAAUAUUUCAAGGGGACGACACCGUCAUCCUUGGGGGGAGGUCCUACGUGUUCGACCAGGUGUUCCCCACCAACGCCACCCAGGAGCAGGUCUACAACACCUGUGCCAAGCAAAUUGUCAAAGAUGUUCUGGGUGGCUACAACGGCACCAUCUUUGCCUAUGGCCAGACUUCGUCUGGAAAGACACACACGAUGGAGGGAAAGCUCCACGACCCCCAAGGGAUGGGCAUCAUUCCCCGGAUUGCCGAAGACAUCUUCCAUUACAUAUUUGCCAUGGAGGAGAACCUCGAGUUCCACAUCAAGGUAUCCUACUUUGAGAUCUACAUGGAUAAAAUCCGUGACCUGCUGGACGUGACAAAAACCAACCUGUCCGUGCAUGAAGACAAACACAGAGUUCCUUACGUGAAGGGAUGCACAGAGCGCUUUGUCACAAGUCCCAACGAGGUGAUGGACGUGAUAGACGAGGGGAAGGUGAAUCGCCACGUCGCCGUCACCAACAUGAACGAGCACAGUUCCCGCAGUCACAGCAUCUUCCUGAUCAGCAUCAAACAGGAGAACGUAGAGACCGAGCUCCAGCUGAGCGGGAAGCUUUACCUGGUGGACCUGGCCGGGAGUGAAAAGGUCAGCAAGACGGGGGCAGAGGGAACUGUCCUGGAUGAAGCCAAGAACAUCAACAGGUCCUUGUCGGCCCUCGGCAACGUCAUCUCAGCUUUGGCCGAAGGAACGAAGCCUCAUGUGCCGUACCGUGACAGCAAAAUGACGCGCAUCUUACAGGACUCACUAGGGGGGAACUGUCGCACCACCAUGUUUAUCUGCUGCUCUCCCUCCAGCUACAAUGACACAGAGACCAGGUCCACGCUCAUGUUCGGCCAAAGGGCAAAGACCAUCCGAAACACUGUGACGGUGAACCUUGAGCUGACGGCCGAACAGUGGAAGAGGAAGUACGAAAAGGAGAAGGAGAAGAACAGGUUGCUGAAGGAGACCGUGCAGAGGCUGGAGGCUGAGCUUGGCUGCUGGAGGAAUGGCGAGAUUUCCACCAUGUUGGAUCAUGACGAUCAAAGGUCAGAGGAAGAAGAAGACUUUCUGCUACCGCCGCCACCUGACUGUGAGGAGCCGGCGCUCGAUAUCUGCAGCCCUUGCUCCUUCGCCUCCUCCAUCGUGGUGCAUAUCUCAGAGGAAGAGCGUCACAAGUACGAGGAGGAGAUCCGGAAGCUUUACAAACAGCUGGAUGACAAGGAUGCUGAGAUAGACUACCAGAGCCAGAUGGUGGAGAAGCUGAAGGAGCAGAUGCUGAAGCAAGAGGAGUUCCUGGCAUCUUCCAAGGGCGAUGGCGAGCGGGUGCAGUCGGAGCUCGGCAGGCUGCAGUCGGAGAACGAGUGCGUCAAGACGGAGGUGAAGGAGGUGCUCCAGGCCCUGGAGGAGCUGGCGGUCAACUACGACCAGAAGAGCCUUGAGGUGGAAGAGAAGAGCAUGCAGAACAAGCUGUUGGCUGAGGAGCUGGCCAAGAAAAUGGCUCGCCUCAUGGCGUUGGAGGUGGAGCUCUCUCGCCUUCAGGAGGCAAGCCGCCAGCAGAGAAAACGCAUUGCAGAGGUCCUCAAUGGGCUGAUGAGGGACCUAAGCGAGUUCAGCACCAUCGUGGGCAACAGGGACAUCAAACUGUCCAUUGAGUUCUCGGGCGUCAUCGAGGAGGAGUUCACGGUUGCCAGGCUCUACAUCAGCAAGCUUAAGUCGGAGGUGAAGUCCAUGGUGAAGCGCUGCCGCCAGCUGGAGAACCUUCAGGCUGAGUGUCACCGCAAGAUGGAGGAGACGGGCCGAGAAAUGUCCUCCUGCCACCUCCUCAUUGCCCAGCACGAGGCCAAGAUCUGCUCGCUCAGCGAGUACACACACAACAUGGAGAGGAAGAGGAGACAGUUGGAGGAAAGCUACGACUCUCUGGCAGACCAGCUGGACAAAGUCCGAGUUGGAGAGACCUUUUCACAGUUGGCCAGGAGGGAGGAUCACUCAGUCCAGGAACCCUGUGACAUCCAGAAGGUUCUGGAGCAGCAGAUGGAGUUGCACCGCGCGGCGCACACCAAGCAGCUGGGCCGUCUACGCGACAAGAUCAAUGAGCAGCAGCGGCUCAUCCACGACUUAACAGACUGCAACCAGAAACAAGAGCUGGAGCUGGACCAACUGCACGGAGACUUUGAGUGUCUCUUGAGCCGAGAGCAUCAAACGAGUCGACAGCUGGAGGAGCUGACAUUCCUCCACGAGCGACAUGAGCAGUCCAAGCAGGACCUGAAGGGACUUGAAGAGACGGUGGCUAGAGAGCUGCACACCCUACACAACCUGCGCAGGCUGUUUGUUCAAGACCUCACCACUCGAGUGAGAAAAAGUGCAGCGCUGGAGCCUGAUGAUGGUGGAGGAUACAUCACCCAGAAGCAGAAGAUUUCCUUUCUGGAGAACAACCUGGACCAGCUAACCAAAGUCCACAAGCAGCUGGUACGUGACAAUGCAGACCUGCGCUGUGAGCUUCCUAAACUGGAGAAACGGCUUCGGUCUACGGCAGAGCGAGUCAAGGCGCUGGAGGGGGCACUGAAGGAAGCCAAAGAGGGAGCCAUGAAGGAUCGACACCACUACCAGCGAGAGGUGGAGCGCAUCAAAGACGUGAUGCGCGUGCAAAAUCCUUUUCGCCGCCCUUACGCUGCACACAUAGCCAAGGCUGUGCGUCCUGGCCACCAGUCGCCCACUCAUGCCAUCUUCAUCCGAGGCCACAGCCAUCGCCCUGUCGCCCUGACAGAUGUUCCUCACAACGACUCGCAAGCUCCACUCGCUGCUGCUGAUGCCACGGCUACAGAGUCAGAGAGCGACCACGCCGCUGUUGAAACCAACCAGAACCCGCCUGCCAAGCGCUUGGACCAUCAGAACAACGCUCAGAACUUGCCUCCUGCAAGCCAAACAGACACUGCAGAGACGCUCGAUUCAGAAAAUGGGAACACCACAGACGUCAACGACAACCGCACGUGUUUGAACGUCAACGCCAUGUCCACCACUGACAUCUGUGACAACCGCAACCCAAGCAAACACAGCAGCUUUCAGGCCAACGCCAGCUAGUAGAAAGCCUGCAAGAUGAUCGGCCAUCUGGUAGCUCCAUCCUCACCUGCUGUCAACCCACCUUCAACUUCUUUGGUGCGACUUCCUGUCCCCUGCUGCUCCCUCUUCUUCUUUUUCUUCUGCUUCUGUCACUUCCUUCAUGGGUGACGUGGCGAGGACUGCGAAACAGAUGUAGAUGUGGAGGUGACCACUGCACACUGUUUGUCAAAGCCUAGUAUGUUGUUAUUGAUAUUCAUGUUGCAGGUUGACCCCAAAAAAAAAACAGAACCCAUAAAAAUGGCAUAAAUCCUACAAACCUUAAAGGCUUACUGAAAUGAGAUUGUCUUAUUUAAACGGGGAUAGCAGGUCCAUUCUAUGUGUCAUACUUGAUCAUUUUGCGAUAUUGCCAUAUUUUUGCUGAAAGGAUUUAGUAGAGAACAUCCACGAUAAAGUUCGCAAAUGGAGAAAAGCCCUGCCUCUACCGGAUGUCGCAGACGAUGACGUCACAUGUUGAGGGCUCCUCAUAUAUUCACAUUGAUUUUAAUGGGAGCCUCCAACAAACACAGCUAUUCAGACCGAGAAAACGACAAUUUCCCCAUUCAUUUGAGCGAGGAUGAAAUAUUUGUGUUCGAGGAUAUUGAUAGCGACGGACUAGAAAAAAAAAAAGUAAAAAAAAAAUAAAGCGAUUGCUAUCGUGCUGCAUUGAGACGGGUUCAUAUGUUUUUAGAGACAUUUACUAGGAUAAUUCUGGGAAAUCCCUAUCUUUCUAUUGUGUUGCUAGUGUUUUAGUGAGUUUAACAGUACCUGAUGGAUGGCACAAGCGGGAACCGAACCUGCAACCCUCAAGUUGCUGGCACGGCCACUCUACCAACCGAGCUAUGCCGCCCCACAAAACAGUUUGGAUAAUGAAGAUGAAGUCUAAUAAACAAGCUUUGUUCUUCUACAACACCACCUAGUGUUUCAGUACAACAGUUUGUCCAACAAAAUAAAAACAAGAGUUAUACCUCUCACAUCAAAUAAACAAUCUUUUGUCACAGUUAUUUGGUGUUGAACCCCAAGAUGCAGAGACGGAGGCAGGCAUAUAAUAUGAAGAUAUUAUUUAAUAUAAAUGAUAGAACAAGAACAAACAAAAAGCGUGGGCGGAAUAACAAACUAAGGGAGCUAGCACUGGAAGCUAGAAAACAAAAAAGAACUUUAGCAUGGAAGCUAGAGGAUAGCAAACAGAAAAACUGGGAAUAAUUAAUGGAUUUCCGCUACGACGACCAGGACAAAAUGUAGCACGACAGGUAAUAGCUGAAAAGAAUCAGAGACACGACAAGAGCAACAUAUGGUAACGACAAGUCCGAAUGACAAUACAAAACAAUGAUCCAGCACUGACUGGAGGAACAAAGCAGGUGAAAUAAGAGCUGGCCGAUUGACAUCAGGUGUGACCAGAUGCCAAUCAGCCGCAGCUGAGUGAAGACAGGACACAGGGAGACCAACAGGAAGCUGAACCAAAAUAAGAGCACUAGACAGGAACUAAGGACAGGAAAUACUAAACACAGAGGAAACAGACAAAUGCAGAGGAAAAAACUAAAACAUAGACAAACUGUCAGGGGAAAGCCUGACAUCUUUACAGCCUGCGUUAAAUUUGAUGAGAUGACAAAACAGUUUAGCCAGUACUGAUAUUUCAACACUGAUACAGUUUGCAGUUAAAUAAAGGAGUGAACAUACCAGUAGACAACGUUUUGGGACAACGUUCACGACACAUCGUCUGCUGCAAAACAUCAAAUAGUUUUCUCCUUCCCUGAGUACUUUCAGUAUGAGGACAAGUGUCUCCAAUAUUGUCCACACCUGUCUCCAUCUAAACACAGCAUUGUGCUCUUAAACGCACGGCUGGAAGCGAGAGAAAAUGAGGUUAAACCAAGCGCUUGGCUCUGUUUACUCCGAGGGGAAAUCUCCGCAGCAAAGUCCGUGUAGUUGGUCCGCCAUGAUUAUCAAGCCAAACACCGUGAGUGCGCAUGCGCCUGACUUCAUGUUGCCGAAAAUGCAAUAUUGAAAAUGCAUUAAUAAAAACUUAAACUGUAUUACUAUCGCAAAUUAUCAUUAUACUGUUUACUGUUACAUCCCAUUAACAAGUAAAAAGUCAAGGACGGUCGUGGAUCUUGCUGUAGUUGCCGCGGUAAAAUUCGAGCCCUGCAAUUAUUAUUAUUAUUAUUAUUAUUAUUAUUAUUAUUAUUAAUAAAUAUAAUUGCAAAGCAAACAUCCUGUUGGGGGAAUAUUUUGACUUUAAACUGAAUGAGCAAGGUGAGCUCAUCAACACGGAUAAAUGAGUCAUUAUGCCAGACUUACGAAAACACCCAACUCGGGACGGCUAACGUUCACAUUUAAACCAAUACAGCACCAGUUCCCGGGAAUCGAUACCGGUACACCGUGGUACCGAGUUUUAAGUGUGUUAAUAAAUAUUAGAGCUGUCAAUUUUCUUUUUUUUUUAAAUCAGAUCAAUGACAUGUUGGAUUAUUCAUCAUUAAUCACAGUUGAUACUUACCUGCAUAAUUCAAAUUUGCUUAAGAAAAGGCCCCAAUAUUUGUACACAACCGACAUGUUAUUGUCAGAAUGUGAUUCAGGAAUGUUUUUUUCCUUGGAUGCAUGUCAUGUAUUUGCACGAAACCUAGUAAAAGUUUGAUAUCAAGUCCUUUCAGGCUGUAUUUUGGAGUGAAAUUUGCCAGCGAGCGCACCUGUCUGAGUCUCCUCACUCAUGUUGUGGUGACCGUUAAGGUAAAAUAACUUGUACGGUCAAAAUCAUUUGCAUAGUUUAUCUAUUUGUGUAUAUGAUUACUGUGAUCCAUUUUUGUGAUUAAUCACAUGUGUUAACUUGUUUAUUUUGACAAGCCUAAUAAAUGUAAUUGUUGUUAUUGUAAACAUUUAAACAGGAGCUGCUCAUGAUAAAUGCUGUCCAGUUAUCUUAUUACAAUUACAGUUGCAAAUCCAAGACGUUAGCUGGCAGUAGUGUAUAGUUCAUGGUGUGUUGUUUUAGUUUUUGUUGUGCCCCAGAAAGUGUUAAUACUGAAAGUAUUGUACUUGCAGUGUUUGUACAUGUGUGCUUAAAAACCUUGAAAGGCUUGGAUUUUAAUGCUGUGCUUUCAUGGUUUGAAAAAUGCUUGAAUUUUGGGUGCAGUGCUCGGAAAAGCUUGGAAAUGUUCAUCAUAUUGCUUGGCAGUCUAACUCGAUAGGCUAAUUAUGAAAUGGAAAAAAAUAAAAUAUGUUUCCUUAAAAAUGAAAGCCACACGCUUGAUCUGUUGGCUUUGCACGAGCCCUUACAUUAGGUUUUUGUCAUGACAGAGCCGUAUAUAGAGGACGGUGGUGAUUCGGUCCGUCAUGCCGGGAGGUUGUCGUUUUAAUGAACAUUGGAUGGAAAAUGACGAAUACAAACUUUGGAUAAAAUGUGGCAUGUGUAGCCUGCUAAAAAGUAUGCAAAAAGGAAAUCAAUGGCAGAAUGGGCUCUCUCAAGUCAUAUGAAAGGUAAGCCACAGAGAUUACUAACCCUACAAGUUAACUAAUGUUAGCAAAAUUUUCGUUUUUUAACUCUUUGCUACAUGCUUAUCCUAAACUGUGAGAUCAGGGUUAGAUGACAUGUUAAUUACGGACAGUUAUUACCAGCUUUGAAAGGAAAAAAGCAUCAAUGAUAAAUUAUAAUGUUAAGAACUUCCCUAAACCAAAAAUGGAUUUCUUAUCAUCGCCACACUUGUAAGGCUAGAUGUGCUUAAUGAAAGGCGACUGAGGUGUUGGGAAACAAACACGAUAUUUUUAAUUUAUCAUCCUUAUAUAAAUGUGGAACAGUUUUUUUUAAUGAAUGAGUUAAAUUGACAUUUUGAGGGUGCGUAUAUUUAUAUUACAUAAUGCGAUUUACAUGCAUAAAUACGCUGCGAAUCAAUCCGUGAUGUUCUAUGUCAUUGAGAACAAGAAAUUUGGAAAAACAACACAAAUGGAGACACGUUUGCAAACACCAAUUACAUUGAAUAGUCACACUGGUUCAUUUUGCAUGCCCCAAUCAGUUAAUGAUAACUGCUGCUUCAAUGUUAGGCAUAGCUUUUAGCACAUUUUCACUAUUUGUCCUCCAGACAGCAUUUGGUGACCUCAAACAACAAGGCUAUGGAUUGAUUCACUCUGGUUUUCGCCUUUUGAAGGCUACUGGAAAAACUGGAAAAUUCAUCUUGAAAAUCCUUAAAAAGUGCUUGAAUGUGGCCAUGGAAAAGGUGUACAAACCCUGUAUUAUCACGCAGCAGCUGUUUGAUUGUAAUGUGCAUCUUUGUGAAAGUUUUCCCCCCAAAAAUGUGAAGGUGUUUAAAUUGCCAUGUAAAAUCGCCAAUGCUACUCAGUAGCUUGUCGAUAGCAAAGCCAAUUUAUCUUAGCAUCAAACUAGCGUAUUUUUGAAAAAGUAGAACUUUACUUAACUUACAUCUGAGUGUUUGUUUUUUUUUGAGUCAGUUUAUUUGUUGCCAUUGAAAAUUGCAACGUUACCUAUUGUAGAGGCAGUUUUGCUCAGUGCUGCUGGAGUGAUCGCCAAGUGCCAAAGUGCAAAGAGCAAAUCGGCACUGUUAUAUUUUAUGUGAAUUAGUACCGGUAGGAUCGGCGGGAUCGGUCGGUGCUAAAAAAGUGUCGGAUUUGGUCCUCAUCCCUACACCCUACCCAAUUUUGCCAACUGAGGAAAACACUGCACUGAAUUCUUGAUUUUCAUUGUUUGUUAACUUAUUUAUUUAGGAUAAUAAAGUUAAUCACCUGCCAAUUAUAUUGGGAAAAGAUACUGAUGAAUAAUAAGUCAAUUGCAUUUUAAAGAAUUACUUGCUUUAUUAAUAUCAUAUUUUAUGAUUACAAUAGGGUUCAAAUUUGUGUAAAAAGUGAAAAUGCCAACAAAAACAUUGUUUAUCGACAAUAUAUCGUCCAACAAAAUGUGUCAUCACAUAUAUUGUUCCAAUAUUUAAUUUGUGAACUUGUAAAAAAAAAAACCUCGAGAAAAAGAAACAUUUUAAUUAACGGAUUUAUUAAAAAAUUUGUGGGUUCAGUUUUUUUGGGUCACCCUGUAUUAUUAUGUUUUAUGUUUGUUUAUGUAUUUUUUACAUACUGUCUUGUUUUCUGCACAUUUCAUCAGGUGAUGAAAACCAAACACUGUUAAUGUAAUGUAUGUCCAUCAGUCCAAACCUAUUUACUACACUAGAAAAUUCCAUACACAUGUUACAGAAUUAUAUUUUUAAAUUGAAAGAGAAGUCUAAAAGUGAAAUAUUGAAUUACCAUUGCUGGACCUAGUCUUUCUGGUAAAAGGUUUGCUCAUACUGAAGUAAAUGAUGCAUCUGUUGGGUUCUAUUACUAAGCCCUGAAUGAAUGCAGGUUUUAGUGAAUAUUCCCAGCCAAGUGUAUUACGGUAGUACUUUGUCACUGAUUUAUUAUUGGAAAAGUUACUUCGCUAGAACUCGUGCCAGCAAACUGUUGUCCUCCAUGACUCACUGAUUUGGUUUUGACAUGUUAGAGAAGCAUAAUUCCAUUAUCGGAACAAACCUAAAUUGCAAGAAGUCUAAUAACAGAAAAUCACACGCUAGAAAAACAAUUUUUUUCCUGAUUUUUUUUUUUUUUAGUUACAUGAAACUUCGAUUUAAGAACUUAGCUUAUUCCUAAACAACAUAUUUGCACAGUGAAGCACAUUCUCCAUUAGAAACAAUGGAUAAGAUUCCGGCCUCAACAAAAGUCCAUAUUUUAGUAAAAAUGUUGUACAAUUGGACCACAAUAUAAAGUGUAUACAAUACCAUUUAUCAAAGAAACAUAACAAAAGGGCGGUGGAUUAAAUUCUUAUUUAUGAACAAGACAAAAAACGACAACAGACUGCUGUGUGGUAUGCGCUGCUCUGCCAACACACACACACGCACACAGAAGUCCCUUUGGUGCCCUGACAAACGAUCAGAAAUCACACAAAUACUCAAUUUUAACAACCAUAUUGCAAAAAUAAUAAACAUUUUAAAAAGUGAAAUACACCCACAUUAACAUCGGCAAAAGAGGAGCUAACGCGAAAGGAGCAAACAGAGGUUGGAGAAGGGAGGGGCCUUGUGUGCUCUUGGAAGAGGCGCCGCUGAACAAGAGGUAGUCUUCUCCUUCUCCUGACAUGUUAGAGAAGCGUAAUUCCAUUAUGGCCACAAACUUAAAUUGCUAGGUUGACGUUAACAGCACAGCCAAAAUCUAAAUAACAGAAAACGACACGCUGGAAAAAAUAAUUUUUUUCUAGAUUUUUUGUUUUAUUACAUGAAACUUUGAUUUACCAACUUAGCCAGUUCCUAAACAACUUAUUUGCACAGUAAAGCACAUUUUCCAUUAGAAACAAUGUAAAUACGAAUGAGAUUCCGGCCUCAACAAAAGUCCAUAUUUUAGUAAAAAUGUUGUACACUUUGACCACAAUAUAAAGUGUAAACAAUACCGUUUAUCAAAGAAACAUAACAAGAAGGUGGUGGAUUAAAUUCCUCUUUAUGAACAGGACAAAAAACGACAACAGGUUGCUGUGCCCUCACAAACGAUCAGAAAUCACAAAAACCCUUACCUUUAACAACGUAAUUGCUACAAUUAUAAACAUUUCAAAAAGUGAAAUCCACCCACAUUAACAUCGGCUAAGGCGGAGCUAACGCGAAGAGGGGGAGAAGGGAGGGGCCAUGUGUGCUCUUGGAAGAGGUGCAGCUGUAAAUGAAGUCUGCUCUGGCAUCGUUUUCCAGAAAAGUCUGGUCUCGUCACAAUUAAAACCUGCUGUGGUCUGUUGUGUUUUUGGGACUCAUAUUAGAAAAAUUGACAAAACUUAGUGAAGCACUGAGCAGUGACUUAUAGUGUCAUGUGCGACACAAAAUUAAUGAACGAACCGUUCGUAAUUUCAUAAACUGUACAUCAGAUCAAUCAAAGUUUAUUUAUACAGCCCUUAAUCACAAGUGUCUCAAAGGGCUGCACAAGUCAGAGCGACAUGGACAAGUUCUUAAAUAGAGGGGUUCGUAAAUCGAGGUUCCAUUGUGCUUGUUGUCGGGUACCAGUUUUUUUCGGAAGUGAAUAGAAUUGAUUAACAUUGAGGAACAGGUGUGCUGGCAGGACAAGGAACAAAAAGUAAAGGUGCUGCAAAACCCAAAAGACAAAACAGGAAAUGCUCACAAAAAGGAGAACACACAGGAAAAAUAACACACAAAGUCCAAUGACACUUUCACUUGAAUGCAUGUCAUUGAUUUACUCAAAAUGUGCUAACAGUUUGGCCUAAAGUUCAUUCUGGGUGAAGUUCAGAGUGACAUUCCCAUUGACCGGACCACUGACCGAGUAGCAAACUGUGCCCCCUCUCCUACAUAUAUUCUCCAAAUAAAUUGUGUGACUAUUCUGCAUAUAUAUAUAUAUAUAUAUAUAUAUAUAUAAUUCAUGUGAUUAAUCACAUGUUAUUUUUGACAGCCCUACGUUGUACAGAUGCACAUUAUUUAUGUUAUUUUGCUUUGCAAACAUGUUUUUCUUUCUCGCCCUCUAAUGUAAAAGUUGCAAAUACUAGAUUGUAGUUAUGAAAUGAAGUGUCUGUCGUCGUUUGGCAUCCGUUUGCAUGGGGGGGGGGGGAGACGUGUAGCAACUGUUUUUAUGUCCACAUUACUUGCAGCUUGAGAGUCAAACUGUUUGUUUGCUACUACUUGAUGUUUAACCCCUGUUGAACGUGAAUUCAUGCGAAUUGUCUCACGUCGCACUUUGAGUGCUUGUUUCCAGAAAAUGACGCAAUGGGAGCCAAAGUCCCGUAUGAAGCUGAGGUCACUGGAGGCAACACUCUGAAAAAUAGACGGGCGAGACAAGAAAAUUUCUGUGGCUCUUUGUGCAUGUAAUAAAAAUAAAACCAAGUUUCCUCAGAAGUCGAAAAUUGGUCUUUUAAGAGGCCAAAUAUUUACAUUCAUAUGACCAAAAGACAGUACAACUAUAUACCUGCAGCAGUAAAAAAAAAAUGGGUAACACUUUAGUAUGGGGAACAUAUUCACCAAUAAUUAGUUGCUUAUUAACAUAUGGUUAGGGCUAGAAUUGGGGUUGGGGUUAAGGUUGGGGAAGACUCUUAGUUAAUGGCAUAUUAUAAUAAUGCCAUGCAGAAUAAGGCAUUAAUAAGUACUUAAUAAUGAGUAAUUAAGAGACAAUAUGUUACUAAUUUGCAUGUUAAUAAGCAACUAAUUAUGUGUUACUACACAGUGGGGCAAACAAGUAUUUAGUCAGCCACCGAUUGUGCAAGUUCUCCCACUUAAAAUGAUGACAGAGGUCUGUAAUUUUCAUCAUAGGUACACUUCAACUGUGAGAGACAGAAUGUGAAAAAAAAAUCCAGGAAUUUAUAUUGUAGGAAUUUUAAAGAAUUUAUUUGUAAAUUAUGGUGGAAAAUAAGUAUUUGGUCAACCAUUCAAAGCUCUCACUGAUGGAAGGAGGUUUUAAAUCAAAAUCUCACGAUACAUGGCCCCAUUUAUUCUUUCCUUAACACAGAUCAAUCGCCCUGUCCCCUUAGAAGAAAAACAGCCCCAAAGCAUGAUGUUUCCACCCCCAUGCUUCACAGUAGGUUUGGUGUUCUUGGGAUAGAACUCAGUAUUCUUCUUCCUCCAAACACGACGAGUUGGGAUUAUACCAAAAAGUUCUAUUUUGGUUUCAUCUGACCACAUGACAUUCUCCCAAUCAUCUGCUGUAUCAUCCAUGUAUCCAU